GCAUAGCACAGUGAGAGUGAAAAGACACAGAGUGCAGAGCAGACUGAGACUGCAGACAUGAAGCAGCACAGAACGAUUUAUAUGCUUGUAAAGCCUGCAGCAGAAUGGACCACUGAUGGGGUUGAAACCUCGGAAUCCUGAUGUUUAUGGUCCAAACAUGUGAAACAGACAGCAAUCAGUGAAGCUUGCAGACCCUCAGCAUGGGAUCCCUGUGGAAUAUUUAUUUUCUUUUCCCCAUUUCAUUCCCUCUCUCACUUCACGCCGCUGCUUUUACUGAAGAAAAUGGCAAAGAAACACAAGCGACAGACAAUGACAGCGUGACACAGUUUCUUACACAGCCCCUAGAGAAACCUCACCAAUCAAGUUUGGGACAAGAGAGUUUUAUGUUUAGACCUGACAAUGUUGACUUUCUGAGUCAUCCCAUGAGUUGGCCCUUAUCAUCUGAGGACUUGGACAGGCAAGGUGUGAUUGGUGAAUACAGUGACAUUCAGGAGGGCACUGAGACAUCUAUUUUAUAUCCUAAUGAUGGAGGACCUACAUCCAGCCCUUCAGAUAUUGUCAAAGAGGAUAAAACUCUCAUGGACAGUGUGCAAACAUCUAGAUUUUUAUCAGGAACGGCUCCACAAAAUCCUGCAAAGAAACAAACAUUUAAUUUUCUGUCGCCUGAAACGAGCCGAGUGUCCACAGAGCAUCCUGCACAAACCAGAGAGAACAAGCUAGCACUGAAAAAUGAAAUUUCUAAUACACAUUUUCCUAUGCCUUUUUCCGAAUCCCUUCCAUUACCCAUACCGGAUUUCAACUCAACCCCAUCAGCAUUUAUUGGAUCGAAUGAUAACCCUGAGCACCAAACUCCAUCAUCAGCGACAAACAAUGGGGGGUGGAAUAAAGGCAUCCCAGUUUCCACACAGGGAACACAAGAUGGGACAAAUCGUAUUGCAGAUGCUAUUUUAAUCAAAGGAACAGUCAGCACAGAGGGAACCAGAGAUGAAUCCAGAAAGGACAGCUGGAAUGUCCCAAAGACCACUGGCACACUGUUGCUCGAAGGUAACAUGGAUAUGUCCACCACGCCCUGUAAAACUUCAGAUGAGUCCUGGACUCCCACCUACCCAGAGGAUUUUACACCAAGUGAGCCCUUGCUCCCCUCUCUGGCUCUCAGCCCUGCCAAUUUGGUUCCUCUGUAUUCAGACUGGAACUCUGCCUUUGCAACGUGGGGAUUUGCAUGGGAAGCACACAUCUAUGGUCUGGGAUCCGCCUUCGCUUUAAUAUGCCUAAUAUCUGUAGUUUGCCUGUUAGGCUUGCCUCUACGGUGCCCCCCUGGAAUUGGCUUUUUUAUCAUGCUACACAUGUUCGUUCUGGCAUUUGCGGGGAUCCAAGGCUUCAGUUUGCUGUAUGACGCUUAUAAUUCUCAAGAUCGUCUUCCACCUCUGGUCACUCAGCUGCUCUCAGAAUUACCAAUGCCUUGUUUGACAUCAGCCUUUUCCUUGGCCUUCUUCCUUUUGUCUUUGCACUCACGCAGCUAUCUUUCACUUCCACUUGCUAUUUCUACCUCAUUCUCAGCCUUGCCUAAGCCUUGUCUUUUACUUUGCAUGUGCCUGUUGCAUUUUAUGAUCUCACUAGGAUGUGUUGGACUCCUCCAGCUCUUUCAUAGUCUCCCCACUGUGAUCAUUUUGUUCCCUCGUGGUUUGUUUGUCUUCCUAACCAUCUUCCUUUCAUCCUCCUACAUCAUCUUUUACUGCUUGAAAAAAGUAAACACAAAACACAUUUACAGGCUGAGCGAUAACGGAGAGACUGGAGGAUCUCCAGAAAUGAUACGACCUAUAAAAUGCCCAUUUUCCAAGGUAGAAGAUUGGGAUAGAGCAGCAGGAGCUGGGAUAGGAAGUUCAUUGUGUUUGUUAGGAUGUGGUGGUCUUCAGCUCUAUGGGAUCCUGCAUACUCUUGGUUUUGGUGGGGUGGUUGGUUUUGGGUUCCAGCCAUGGCCUUGGUGGGGCUACCACAUAGGCUGCAGGUUAUGUGAGAUUGGGGUGUGUCUAGGUUUGUGCAUUAUUGGCACACAUCCUCUGUUCUGUAACACCAACUCCUCUGUCAAAACUAUAAGUAACCCCAGGCCAGGAUCCUGGUCCCGUCUAUCCAGUAGCUCCCCUUUGAGAGGACUCAGCGUACCCUCGCAGGAAGAAGCAAACUCUCCGACCCUCACCACUCAUGAGUUUUGGUCCCAGAUUAACCAGGAAAAGCUAGUGGCCUGCGAUGAUGACACCAAAAAGCAAUCAGAUGCUCUCACUCUUUGUGCAAUGGUUGACAAUCCUGCAACUGAAGUAGACUGUGCAAACAAGCGCAGCCCAAACCAGACCAUUCUGCCUUUACAUACACCGCAAAACCCACCAAAGCAACCUAAAAAUGCUGAUGACUUCCAGCUAUCAUCACUGGACAGCGUAGGUACAGAUAGUGACUCAACAGGGGACCUCCGACCCCCAUCUCCUAUAGAGCUGUCACGUAGUAUUGACCAAGCUCUAUUUAGUGAGUCCUUAUUUUCUCACAGCAUUUUUAGUCCACAAAGGCUGUUCUAUACUUCCUCAAGUCUUUCGUUGAGUUCUCCUGGUCAAGGAACGUUAAACGAAGCAACCAAAUGUGUUGAUGAAACUCUAUACCGGGCCUCAUCUUGUGGAGACGUGGAUCAAGAGAAUGCCAUGUCUAGUUCCAGAGUUUCUCAACAACACGUGGGUUUGAUGUCUCACAAGAAAGCCCCAAUGGCAACAGAUCAGAUGGACUGGAAAAGGAGCAUUACUGGUUCAACUCACGGUUUGUGCAACUAUGCAAAACAAAGCAAUAAGUUACGUUCCAAUUCCUGGACAAACAGGGGACAAAACAUUGCCCAAAGCAGCUUUCCAAGAGCAAUACCUUCUCUGUCUUAUCACAGGAGAUAUAGAACGCUGAGCUUGGCUUCCCAGGACAGUCAGGGUUCAAGCCGGAUAGCAGGGACUAAGCACCUAAGUGAAAGCAAACAGCUGGAAUGGGAUAUGACGGUACAAGCAGAGUUUGUUAAUGUGUGCAAACAAAUUGAUGCCCUGAGUAUGUGCAGUGACACCAUAGAAUUGUGAAAAAAGUUCAGAAAUCAGGUUGACAGUGUACAGAUGUUUUAUAAUAUAAAUUAAGCAAUCCCCCAUAAUGUAAGUAGAAUUGAUAUUAUUGAAUAAGAUUUUAUGUAAUUUAACAAUAAUAAUUAUCUGUAAAUACUGUAUACAUAAAAGUUUUUACAUCCCGGUUUUACCUAUUCUGAAGCAUUUCGGAAUUCAGACCACAGCAUGAAACUUUUAUAAGUGGAAUAUCUUAUCUGUGUGUUUUGUUCAGAAUGUUAGUGUGCAAUAAACUUACAAAGGUUUCUGACAAUCAAGAGUUCAAACACAAGUUUAAGUUUAUCUGGUGAACCUUCUGUAAAACGAAAUAUAAUGUUGUGUCACCUGUAGUACAAACCAAAUAAGCUUGCUACAGGUUGGAUACAGUAUGGUGAUAACAUGAAUGUCUUCUUAUAAAUAAAUAGUCAUUUUUGUUGUAUAGUCUGGAUCAAAGAGACUGAGAAAGGCACAAAAAAGUAUUCAGUGAAAAUUGUACAGCAAUGAAUGUGAAGUUAGAAGUUUUGUUUCCUAGAUCUCCAUGUGUCAUAACUUUGAUACUCUUUCAAAGUGUAUUUUGCUUAAUUUAUAAAUUACUAUUACGCUAUUACCCUUACACAAAAAAGAUACAAAGAUGCCACCCAAUAAAUUGAAAUUGCAACUUCACUGUAUUCUAUAAUUUCUAUAGCACUUUUAACUGGUGGCAUUCAAUAAUCAAGUAAUUUCAAAAACAUUUAAGAACUAAAAAACAGCACUGUUCAUAAAUUUAAAGAAUUCAACUUCUGUGCAAGUCCUGAGAAGAUUGUACCUUAUUACAAGGAGUUUUUAUAAAAAAUGCAUCAAACAAUGACCGAUAAAAUGAAACUGUUAUGAAGGAAAUGAGAAUAGCAAGUAAACAAUCAAUGUGUAUGCAUUUUUCUUUUUCUUUAGCAAGUAAAACAUUUGUAUAGAAAGAAUACUUAGUUUGAAUGUCAAACUCAAAAGAACAAUGGAAGAAUAAAUAAAGAUUCAAAGCAAAAAUGU